AUGCCAGCCAUAAUUCAAAAUGAUGUUCUUGUUUACAAAGGAAGUAAUUUUUUUCGCCAGCGGCUAUUACUAUCUACUCUAAGUGGACGUUCUGUAAAAAUAGAAGAAAUAAGAAGUACGCAAGAUGACCCUGGUCUCAGAGAGUACGAAGUAAAUUUAAUACGGUUACUGGAUAAAAUAACAAACGGUACUCGAGUGGAGUUGAGUGAGACUGGGACAUCAUUGUAUUAUCAGCCUGGUAUAUUGAUAGGUGGACAGGUUACUCACAGUUGUUGCCCUCAGAGGGGAAUAGGUUACUACCUGGAAGUUUUAUUAGCCCUGGGCCCAUUUUGUAAAGAGCCUUUAAAUGCUGUUCUUCAAGGGGUUACGCAUCAUGAUUUAGAUGUUUCUGUUGAUAAAGUAAAAGCUGCGGCAUUACCAAUCUUACUAAAAUUUAUACUAGUUGAUGAUGGUUUAGAAUUGAAAGUAAUAAGACGAGGUGCACCACCUUUAGGCGGUGGGGAAAUAGUAUUCAAAUGUCCUGUCAGAAGACAUUUACGGCCACUGCAAUGGACUAAGUGGGGCUUAGUGAAAAGAAUAAGGGGAGUUGUAUAUGCACUCAGGGUAUCACCAACCAUGGCAAAUAGAGUUGUUGAUGCAGCUAAAGGGGUAAUGCUUAACUUCCUACCAGAUGUGUACAUUAACACAGAUCAAUGUCGAGGUUCCAAUGCCGGAAAAAGUCCAGGGUUUGGAGUCAGUCUUGUUGCCGAAACUAAUGACAAAACAUUCUACUGUACUGAAGCUAAGUCUGUAGAAGCCGGCAGCGGUGAUAGCACACUGCCUGAAGACCUUGGUCGGGAAUGUGGCAUGAGGCUUUUAGAUGAAAUACACCGUGGUGGCGCAGUGGACUCGUCUUUUCAAUGGAUCCUCGCUUUGUGGAUGGCUUUGGGUCAAAAAGACGUCAGUGAAUGUGUGGUUGGACCUUUAUCAGAAUACACGAUCAAAUUUCUCCAACACCUAAAAGAAUUCUUCGGUGUUAUGUUCAAACUGGAAGUGUUGCGUGAAGACGAAGAUUCCGACGAAGAAACGGUUGUCUCGCAAAAAGUUAAAUUAACAUGUGUAGGCAUCGGUUAUGUCAAUAUUAGUAAAAGAACGUUGUAA